AUGCCGCCUCUCAACCCUUUUCCUUCCCCUUCUAUCCAUAAUACUUCGUCUCUCAAAAAGGCGGUUCAAAUCUUUGAUGAUGUCAGCCUCCGUUGCCGCAUCGCCGCCGUGCUCCACCGAGGCCGCCGGUCGUCGAUUUCCGGAGGACGCCACUUCCGCCUGAAGAAGCCGGCGCGGCCGGUCCCAUUGCCGGCGGGGGUGCCUUUUGGUUUGGUCCCGCUGCUCGCCGAUCUACGACGCCUGGCGCCGGCGCUCGUUGCCAUUGCGCCCGCGCCGGCGCCGGGCGCCGGAUCCGCCCACCGCCACUUCGACGGGGAGGCCCAGGUCAACGGACUUCAUCCAAUACGCCUAAUCCUCUACGGCGGCUUAACGAGCUGCGCCGACAUCCUGGUCAAACCUACACGCAACCUCGCCACCGAGAUGGGACGCCUGGUUUCCAGGGCUACUGUCCUCACGGCGCUCGCUCCGAACGACGAGGCGAUGUCGAGGCUGACCGACGGACCGGCUCUAGCGAGCCGCGCGCCGGAGCAGAUAGUGUACCUACAUCUGAUACCGGAGUACUAGACGAGGAGAGGCAUGUACAAUUGCGGUCCGGAGUUCGGGAAGGUGAAGUACGACAGCAGCUGAGCGCUGCCGCAUAUAGGUGGUGGCGAGGAGGCGGAUGGGUCGGUGAAGUUCGGGCGGGGGAGGGGUCGGCCUUAUUUGUUCGACCCGGUAUAUUAUACGGGACGGAGGAUCUCGUCCAGGGGAUACCGACAAAAGGGAGGGAGUAUCUUGGGAGGCCCAUCAAUAUGGAAGAAUUUGUCAUGGAAAUUGCUAGAGGUAGCAUGUCACAUGAUUGGGGCUUUUGGUCAGCGGUCUAAAUUUACCACUUGCCAGAAUUGAAAAAAUAAAUAAAUAAAUUUCUAUAUAAUUGAGAAAAACGGAGAGGUGAUGCGCCCAUAAUAUUCUUUAAUUCGUAAUAACAAUAUAAGUGGGGGCAAACCUAGUGUUUAUUUGUUUGUUUGUUUUGUUAAUAGUAGAAACUAGAGAGAGAAAGUCGUGUAUUCGUGUAUAGAAGAAAUGUUUUUGUUUGUUGUAUUCUUCGCACGCAUGAAAUUUGCAAUAAAUCAUUGCAAUCAAACCUUUGUUUAAUUAUCUAAUAUGUAAAUGUGAAGUAUUUCAUGAAAUUUGCAAUGAAUGUUCGCAAAGAAAAUCUUUGCUUAAUUGUCAAAUGCUUGUAUGUGUAUUGUCAAA